UUUCAGGCCUUUGCCGCCAAGCAUUCGGAUGCGGAGUCGUUGCUGCAUAACCUGAAUGUGAAAUAUUAUUAUUAUACGAGAACUCGUGGCCUGUUCAGAAUAUGUUAUCCCAAGGAGCGUCCGCCGGUAACGGCAGUGCCCACUUAUCUGUCCCCCAUUGAGACGCACUGCUCGAACAUUGAUUACUUCCCGCAAGUGGAGGAUGAUAAGAUAUCGAAUGAGGAUGCCACGUCCCGGUUGCAUUUGGCCCGCUCCUGCAUUGCGCUCUUCAUCAUCAGCUUUGUGACCAUCUUCUGUGCCUUCUGGACGGGUCUCUCCGGCUGCUGGAAGCGUUCGUCGGGCGCCAUAACCGCCACAUCGAUCCUGUUGCUGGUCACCUGUCUGCUGGCCGCGGGCGCGAUGGGUAUUUGGCACACGGUCGAGUUCUUCGAGAAGGAGAAAGUCGUCGGCGAGGAUUACUACCAGCAAUGGAAUACGGUGCUGCGCGAUAACACGAAGAUUGUCUACGAUUGGUCCUACAUUGUCGCCUGGACAGGCAUUGCCACCUGUCUGCUGGCCGCCAUCCUGCUGUCGGGCGCUGCCAUUUGUCUGCGCAACGAGCGCGAGAAGGAGGAGCAGCUCAAUCUGCAGUACCUGAUGCCAGUUUACUCGCAGAAGCAGCCACCCUAUCCGCCCUACGCCAACUACGCCCAGCCUCAGAUCUAUCCGGGUCCCUACUAUCACGGCUCCCAAUACGGACCCUAUAAUUAUUAACUUGGCUAACGAAAUGCACAACGAAUAUGCGAAUGAAAGCAGUAAACAAAACAAGCAAACAACAACCAACAACAAAUUACAAAAUGCAAACAACAAAAGCUUAAAAACUUAAAUCAGACAUUUGAAACGUUUUGGGAAGAGAAAGAGACAGAGCUAUAGAAAUUUUACUUCGAAUUUGUCAGUCUCCAUUGUCUCCACAUGCGCAUAUAUGUACAUAUAUAUGUAUGUGUAUAAGGCACUUCAAAUAAACAUAUUUACAAUCUUUUUUUUUUUUUAAAUAUUAUAUACAUAAAUCUAGUGUGUAGCUUCUAUCUAUUUUGUAUAGAAAUCGUGGGUCUUCAGUCAAUAUGCGUCGAAAGUAUUUGGUGCGCAAAUUUCGCAAGGAAUGAAAACAGAGCAAAAAUUAAGUGAAA